ACAUGGCAAGUUGGUAGUUAAUACUAAAUGUCAUCAGUUAUUAUGACUUUUUUGUGAUGUUUAUUUUCGCACGGUUUUUGCAUAUUUUAUAAAUUUCGUAGAGAACAACUCAUGAUGAAAUGCAAUGACUUUGAAAAAAAUAAAACUUGCAAUCACAUGAAUAAUUUGGACCAGGCACUACACGAUUUGGGUAUGUUAAGUGCCAUAACUGAGGCUCGCCGUGAAUAUCUAAGAGAAUCUAAAUCUAAUUUGGGCGUGAUGCGGCUAAACACGCGGUAUGUGUCCAACGUCACAGUGGGGUAUUGUAUGAAACGGAGCACAAACAAAAGCAGACUCUGUCCGUACGUCUUGCCCGUGCGACAUAGAACUAAGAGUGAGAACUCAGACGCGAUCGGUUGUGAUUUGAGCGAUAACUUCGAUUUUAAGUACAAUAUAUUAGAACCAUCAACGAGUACUUUCAUGAGAGAAGAAGUCGAAAUCAAAAGCCCAGCUAAGAGAUGUCAAUCUCUAGAGAACAUAAAUCUCAACCUAGACCCGGUGCCUAAAGCUGAAAUCUCCCCCGAUAUGGAUUGUGUGUCAACAAGGAUUCAGAAGUUACAAGUUGAUGAAUGACAAUCAUUUAAGCAUCUCAUUUAAAUGUCACUGUGAUUAAUAGUGACUAGUGACUGAGGGUAGAUUAGUGAUGUAAUGGACAAAAUAAUGUAUUUUCAGUGAACAUGUUUGUAUGAUAGUAUGGGAGUAGAUAAUACAUGUUACAAAUGUUCCUAGAUCUUUAACAAAAUUUGCUGUCACAAAAUUCGUACACUUAAAAUUUAUGUUUAUCCAUAACGCCUGAUGUGUUAAAUUAGCUUCAAACAGUCACAAUCGUUACCAGUUCGAGUAGUGUUAUAAAACACAUGUUUUUUUUCUCUAAGUCACACGGGAUAAAUCGAUGGCUUCCAUUUUUAAUUGUAUGUUUGUUUUAUAUUUGUGCACCUGUAGUUAAUGUGUGUGCGUAAUGGUUGUUAUUGAUAAUAACAACAAAGAUCUCAUUUAAUUACACUCGGCAACAAAGUAUUUUAAAAAGAUUAUGAUUUGAUAUCAUUAAUUAUAGCUACCGUUUAGCUUUGUGACUUAGACGUAGUUGAUAUGUUUGUUAACAUAUAUUUUUUUGUUGUUUUUUUUUCUCCUUUACAAAUAAAUAAAUAAUUUAAAUAAA